CCCGACGUCGCUGAUGUCGAUGGUGAUGCGAAGGUGACAACACAGCUGCAGGUGAAGCGUGUAUCCCCAAGCUACUAUACCAAAUUCUUGUCCGACGCGGCGAAGGAGCGUAAACCUAGCCCAAUUAGGAGCUUGUUCCCUUUGGAAAAAACCCCAGGGCUUAUCUCAUUGCUUGCCGGCAAGCCUAACGCCGCGACCUUCCCAUUUACAUCGAUGAAAUUUACGGCGCGCUCGCCCACUGACCCAAACAAGGAACUCUCGUUAAAUUUGGACGAGGCUGAUCUACAGCAAGGAUUACAAUAUGGUGAUACUGCGGGUCUGAAGAAACUGCGCGACUGGUUCGUCGGACUUCAGACUCUCAACCAUGGAAGGAAAGAGGACGAAGGAUGGCGUAUUUCGGUCGGAUCUGGCUCACAGGAUCUACUCUAUAAGGCUAUAACGGCUAUAGUCAAUCGAGGGGACUCAGUCCUCGUGGAAUCUCCGGUCUACGCUGGCGUUAUUCCCCUAUUCCAAAGUCUUCACUGUGAUCAGAUAGAGGUCGAAACUGAUGCUGAAGGAAUAAGUUCAGACUCCCUCAGGUCCAUCCUAGAAAAUUGGCCUGUUGGGAAACCCAAGCCCAAGGUCCUAUACACCGUUCCCUACGGCUGCAAUCCGACCGGCAUGACUGCGACUCUGAAGCGCCGGAAAGAAGUCCUUCGCCUAGCUCGAGAACAUGAUUUCAUCAUUCUGGAAGGCAUGUGCUUUUUUCUUUCCCAUUCAAUUGAUCGAGAAUCUGAUCUCGAAAGACAGACGAUCCCUAUUUCUAUUUACGCGCCAAGAUACCCAUCGUACUUUGCUCUUGAGAGGCAAGAGCCAGAGGUGGGCCGGGUCCUUCGGUUUGAUAGUCUUUCCAAGAUCCUGUCGGCUGGUAUUCGGAUUGGCUUUGCGUCAGGGCCUGAGGCCCUCCUGGACGCUAUGGACCGUCAUACAGCGACAGCGAACCUGCAAGUUUCAUCUCUCACACAAGCUAUCACAUUUACGCUGCUCGAUUCUUGGGGUUACGAUGGGUUCAUUAAACAUACAGAAAACGUCGCAAACUUCUAUCGCGAGAAACGCGAUGUUUUCGAGGCUGCCAUGAAAAAACAUCUUUCUGGUCUAGCGGAAUGGAAUACACCAGAAGCUGGCAUGUUUUUCUGGUUCAAGUUGUUAUUAAAUGACAAACCGGACCCCGAUGAAACGGGGGAUUCUGAGGCUGCCAUCAAAACCCGAGCGUUUGAGCGAGGCGUCCUCGCGCUUCCCGGCACUGUCUUCUUGCCGAACGGUAGAAAAACUGCCUAUGUUCGGGCGUCGUUCAGCUUGGCAGGUGAGGAGGACGUGAAUGAGGCAGUUCAGAGGAUACGUCUCGCUAUUAUAGAUUCGCGCGCGGCGGCGGCGUUGAGUGUGUCGUCGUAGUCGACUGAAACAAAUAUGUGAGGGCCUAUUUAAAUUGCCUACC